AGAGGAAGAGAAAGAAGAGACAUUACAAUCGAUACUCGACAUGCGUGUGAGUAUCGCUUGGUUUAGCCUGUAGCUCGUCGUUAUUUUUUUUUAUUCAAGUGCUGGUCACGUUUACCUUGUGCUGGAUUUAAGGUAGUAGUAGUUUGGUUUGGUGAUCACUUCAUGCUCAUAGUGGUGGUGUGUUCUGUGGAUACCGGCACAUCAGACUCCUGAUAAGCGCCAUGUAGACUCCUUUUUCUCUUUCCUCUAUCCCUCCCCUUUUUCCAUUGAUCACUUUUCACCUCAUCGACAACUACAAACUUUGUCCCUCCUCAAAUCUGUUGAACGGUUCUUUUGCGUUUUUCAAGUCGUGGUUUUCCCCCUCAUCUUUCUACACGCUCAUUUUUUUAUUUUCUGUUACCGAUCCUUCCAACAUCGAGGAAAGAACUUUGUCUAUGACGAACAAUUAGUUACCAUUCUCUUUUAAAACACCAUGUCUUCACCAGAACACAUAAGACUGGGUAUGCGGACAGUUUUUACCCAUCUGAUCCGCUCGUCCAUCCUCACCAAAGUUUUGAGCGCAAGUAUUAUAAAACAGUCACAUACUGCAACAACCCUCUCUUGCCGAACAAACACUGCUGUCUCUCUGUUUCGCAAGCUGUCUGAGAAAGCAAAUGCUCAGCUGGACAUUCUCAGCACACAUUUUGCCAAACAGUGCCAUGCCAUUGUUGCCCAGCGGGUCCGCCGUGCACUGCAGAUUUCUAAUCUCUACAGCCGACUCUAUGACCAGAAGUCUCUGGUGCACAUGCUUACAAAACUUCGCAACACCAUCUUGAAACAUACAUCAAACAAAUCUUUAGGAUUCCUUUUGAGUGCUUCAGUGUUUUCAUGGGACAAAUACCGAAUAACAGAUGAAGAGAUGCAACGUGUAGCUGAAGACAUCUCUUCAGCUAAUCUCAAACACAUGUCCUCAAAAGAACUUAAAGCUUUGAACUGGCAAAAAGUGAUAGAUCAGCCCAAUCUCGAGGUAUGGCGUAAACCAAUUGAAAAUUCUCAUCUCUAUCAGUACAAAGUUCAUGGAUCUUUCUAUGAUAUUCCGGCCAGUGCAUUUUUUGUGAUUCAGGUAGACUUAAAUUACCGAAAGAUUUGGGACAAGCUGGUAAUUAAGCUUGACAUAGUUGACCAUGAUGAAGAGUCUGGUUCUGAGAUAGUUCAUUGGAUCACACACUUUCCUUAUCCAAUGUACAGUCGAGAAUAUGUGUACAGAAGAAGAUUCAAUAUUGAUGAGGAAAACAAACUGAUGGUGAUGACCUCCCACUCUGUGUAUCAUCCGCGCUGUCCUCUGAACUCUGAGUUUGUCCGUGUCAACAAUUACACUUCAAAGAUGGUUGUUAAGCCCCACUCUAACUUCAAUGAUAACGGUUUUGAUUAUGUGCUAACUUAUUCUGAUGACCCACAAGCUGCCUUCCCAAUGUUUGCCUACAACUGGAUGGCUACUACUGGAGUUCCUGAGUUUCUUGAAAAACUACACCAAGCUGCAAAGAAACUUCAUAAAAAUGGAAAUUACGAUAAAACUUUUGUACCAGAUUCCUGUGCUGUUGAUACAAACCAGUACAGUCGUAUCUCUAGCUACUGUUGAGCUGAUAGUCUUAGCUUUGUUUUCCUCUUUCCUUUCCCCUUCUAUCCUCCUCAACAAACAAUUAACAAUUUUGGAUUUUCCAAAUGAUGUGGUAGUCAAGUCUACUAAGUAGAUGGUUUACUUUACUUCAAAGAUGGCAAUCAUUUGAGAAGAUUACGUCUUCUUUGUCUUUCUUUAAUGGUCUUUCCCUCAGUCUGAUCAGCUCCUCUUUUUCUGAGCUUCUUUCUCCUCUUUAGUCAUCCUAUAAAACAAAAGAUGUUUUUUAAUUAGUUGGAGGAGGAGGGACAGUGCCCAUUAUACUUGUAGGUUCUCUCAGAUUUGUGAGAUUGAUGCUAUUGGUUUUUUUAUCGUAUGCCAAAUGGAGUUUUUACCAGUUCUAUUUGAAAGGAAUUUUUCUUGUUAUAUUUGCAAGCUGUAACAAAGGGAGGAUUAUUUUGGCGUUUUUUUAAUGGGUUUUUUGGUUGUUGUUUUUUUUACAUCUAAAUCAUGAAUUUAUGAGAAACAACAAACUCUGCUUAAAAAAUAUGCCAUUUCUCAUUACAAAUUUUUUUUUUUUUUUUUUUUUUGUUCAAUUCUUUUUGGUUUCAAAAAAUAGCUGAAGAGGACAACUGGUCAUGUGCUUGCAUGUUGUGAUAAAUAUAUGUGUAUUUUAUUUUGCAAACCAUUAUCUUUUUGUAUUUUUGUUUUGUUUUGUUUUUUUUAAAUGAAUAAACUAUAACAGAUAAAAAAAAAAAUUUUUUAAAUAAGUUUCAUUCUAAUUCAUAAAUGCUUCAAGAUCCAUAAAGUGUAAAGCAAGUUCCUUGUGAGCCAAAUAGUUUUGUUUUCAUUGAUAGUUAUAGCUUGUUUUUUGUUUUUUUUUUUGUUUGUUUUUUUUCCUUUUCAUUUAUUUGCUUCUGCUUUUGGGAACACAAUGAUUGUCACAUCUCCGAUUUCUUAUUUUGAAGAACAUAGGGGUUUUGGAGAAAGUGCAAGUGGGAUGACAUGGUAUUUGACUACCAGAACAUACAACAUGUGAAGUUCAAAUCUGCUACAUUGUGUAUAUUUAUCAGUGCCCUCAGUUCAUCUGGUUGUAAGUAGUCUACUUGGGAAUUGCAGUUUCCUGCAGUUGAUUGGCAAGCUGUCCUGAGUAAUGCUUAUCUCUUUCACUUGAUUGUAUAAAACCAGAGGAGACACACUUGGGCACUGAUUUUCAAAAAUCACUUGUGGUUUUUUGAGUCAUUUACAUUUUCUGGAGAAAACAGUGGAAGAUUGACUCUGAGUUAAAAACACAGCAAAGUAUGUUUAAUUGGAUAAAAAUUAAUUAUAAACUUCAGUCAGUGCCUUGACCACAUUUAACUGCUGCUACUCCUCAUUUUGUUUUUGUUUUUUGGGGGGUUUUUUUUUCUUUUUUAUACUCCUAUUAUUACAACAAAAUUCCUUUUUCUUUUCUUUAAAGUAUCCCCAUAAUCUGUUGGAGAUUCUUUUAUUUGUAAUGAAUACGAUGAAGUGUAAAGUACUUUAUGCAUGCUUUAUUGUGUAAGUUUAAACUCAGUUCUCAAAUAGGAUUAACCCUCUUUGCAGAAUAAGUAUAAACAUAGAAUUGAUGAAGUGGUGAGACCAUGCAUAGAGUGAACCAGACAACUAAGAACAGAACAAAAUGCAAGUUAAAUGAAUGACACCAAACAGGAAAAUAAAAUAACAUACUCCCAAAAAAAUAGCAUCUGUGUCUAACCAGGUAUAUCAAAGAAACAGGUCAUUUAACAAAACUACCCUUGACCCUAAUGUAGUCAUGGCAGUAACUACAUUCUAGGAUCAUGCAUCUCCUGCACAAACUGCCCACCAUUCCUACAGUGACAGCUGAUACCUCGGUGCUUUGGGGCCAUUGGCUGCCUGCCUACUGUCUCUAACAAUGCUCCAGAUAUGGUAGUCAAAACAGCUAGAAGACCAUGUGGUUUUGGUGGUUAAGGUAGAGUUGCAUAACCAGAGUUCACUCAAGUCUUGCUAGACAUGAACUGCCCUUUUCUUAUAGGACUUGUAUAGGGUGUCUUUGUGCACCACAUAUCAGAUUGCCACUUUGGAACGUUCACCAAUGGAUCUGAUUUGAUUCACUGGAAUGGUUGGUAAUGUUCUUAUUCUGCUGGACAAGUUUGGUUGUCCUGAUGAUGUCUGACUGCUGAGAAGGUUUCUUUCCCUUGGUUAUGGAUGACAUCCAUGCAUGAGAUCUCUAGCUCUUUCCCAAUGCUGAGCAUAAGACAGCUUUAUUCAAGAAGUUGACAGUCUUGGAAUUGCUAUAUUUUGCAAGUUCCAUUUAUUUCCUCUGUCAGAUUGGAAUCUGUCAUGUUGAUACUAUUGAUAUGCCUAAAAGAGGUAUAAGAAAGUUACAAUUUGGUGUAUACUGCAAAACAAUGUUAGUUUGUCCUCUGUUUAUGGCCUGCUAAAAUUGUAUUCACAAAUACCUAGGGUACCCUGAAAAGUGACAUUCUGAAACUACUGUGUAUGUGUGUCAAUAGUUUUAAAGUUGUCAACCAAUGUUGCUCUUUAUCCACUUAACUCUCGCUAUUUCUGCAUGCCUAGAUUUUAAUAGGCACUACAAGGAUGAUAUAGUUUGUCAUUGGUUAGUACUUGUGUGAUUGAUGAUUGCUUUGUUAGAAUGAAUUCACAUCUUUAGGGAAUGAGAAGAAGGACUCUGCCAGUCUUUGUUAAUUUCAACAAACAUUAAUGGUCUAAUUAUAGGGGUAGUUUUUUUUUGUAUCCGGGUUUUAUUCUUCUAAAUGCAUUGUGAGUGAAAUUAAUUUCAUGAAAUGUAACUCUAUAUCAAACUCUUAACUGCUAUAUCUGUUGACUUGUAAAAAGCCCAUAUUAAGUACAUUUGGUAAAUUCUGUCUAGUUUCCUCGAGUAAGGAAAAAUUAAACCCCCAAUAAAAGUUUGAAACCUGGAAUUUCUGGUUAAAGCUAUAUCCAUUUAUUUCGUUAAUACAUUCAUAUAAAUAGCAAGAAGUAUGAAAGUCACACUCCAGUUUCCUCUCACAUACAAUUCUCAAAGCUUAUCAUUCAACAAUGGUUAAUUAUAAAUGGUUGACAGUAAAUGCAAACAUUUGUUCAUUACAUUUUAUAUAUCUCAUUUAAUAUCCACAAUUACAAAGGAGCCACUAAAUAGUUUCAUGCUUUAAGAUAAAUUAAAUUGGCAGACUUAUAUAACAUGCUAUGUGUCUCCAAGCAAUCUUUCAGGCUCAAGUCAUAACAUUAGAUGUAUUUAAAAACCUAUAAUGGAACUGUAAAACAUAUAUAUAUAUAUAUAUCAUACCAUUAGAAUCAUAGACGUCUUUAGGAUAAAUUGGUAUAUUUAGAAUUUUAUUUGCUAUUGUUGAUCUUGAGAUGUUUUGAAGAGAUAUUCCUAUGCAUAAUAGCUAAUGCAAACUUGGGAUGAGAACCAUAUAAAACUUUAAUGUAUACUGUUUAGCCAAUAAUGAGCCCUCUCUUUGGUUGAGCUGCUACGUGUCAAAGCCAAAUUUCCUUCAAACUAUAUUUAAGUCUUGGAUAAUGUCCAAGGGACACUAUUCCAGAAAGAGUAGACAAUGGUUUUUGAUUAUAGGUCAUCUGUGUGUUCUGUUAGCUGACUAAAAUGUUGAUGGUACAAUAGCUGAAUAGUAGAAAUGUCAGUCUGCUGCUGGUUCAUUUAUUCUAGUUUCAACCUUCUUAUGUAACAUCAUGUAGUUGAUAGGCCUUCUCUGAAAUUUCAGGCCCUGAGAUUCUUGAGUAAGAGAAGUGCCAAAAGUGUAAAACACCAGAAAGCACUUAUCGAGCUCAUUUAAACUGGCCACAUCCAGCCAGAAUACUCUGUUUUAUGUUCAAAUCAGUUAGAUUCUGGCCUCUCACACCUACCCUAUAAUGCUGUUAUAAAAAUAAAGUAAUGACAUCAUUAUGAUCUCAGAACAACAUGGUGAUGCAUGAUUAAUUCAAUAUAUAUUUAAUCCUUUAGCAUUCAGAUUCUUCUAAGUUAAAUGUAAUUUUUUUUUCUCUGAGAUGGAAAAAAACUGUGUUUGUAUGUUUAUAUAUAGAGAAAGGGAGAGGUAGGCACAGGUAUGACUGGUUAAGCAGCUCACUUUGCAACUAGGUAGUUUUGGGGUUCAGUCCUGCUCCGUAGCAGUUUGGGCCAGUGUCUUCUACUACAGCCAAGUCAGCUAAAGCCUUGGGAGUGUGUUUAUGUCUCCAUAAUUUGGCAGUUCAGCAAAAGAGACUUUAAAAUAAAACUCACUCAAAUGGUGCCAUAGACUGGCUAGUUGAAUGAUGAUAAAAAAUGUUUCAAAUUUGGUACUUUUCCAUAUAAAGUUGGAUACUAACACAAAAACUUUGGCUGGCCUGAACUUGGCUCACAGUAAAUUUUAUAUAUAUAUAUAUAUAUAUAUAUUUACAUUAUUUACAUUUGACGGAUAUUUCUCCUCAUCUUGUUUGUUGUUAACACAACGUUUCGGCUGAUAUACCCUCCAGCCUUCGUCAGGUGUCUUGGGGAAAUUUCGAACCUGGGUUCUCAUUCCUAACAAUGUUACUAUUAUUAUUUAUUAUUAUUAUUACUAUUAUUAAUCAGGUCGCUGCCGUGAAUCGAACUCGGAACCUUGGGGUUAGUAGCCUGCGCUCUUAACCACUACGCCAUAUGCCCACGGGCAUAUGGCGUAGUGGUUAAGAGUGCGGGCUACUAACCCCAAGGUUGACGAAGGCUGGAGGGUAUAUCAGCCGAAACGUUGUGUUAACAACAAACAAGAUGAGGAGAAAUAUCUGUCUAAUGUAAAUAAUUCCUCAUCUCUUAAAUAUAGAACUGUGUAUAUAUAUAUAUACACACACACACACUCUCACAUGUGCUCGCCCUCAUACAUACACCAUUCUUACAUAUGUGCACCCUAGUUUGGCCAGGUCACCGUUAUUAUCUCCCUUUCACUCACCCUCUUCUUCCAGUCAUUUCAUCAUGUUGAGCCAUUAAUCCUUACACAAUCUCUCAACCCUGUCUCUCAAAGAACAUAGGCUCAAAACAUCUAGGACUUUCCCAUUCUUCUGAUACACCUACUUGUUCCUUCACCUGUCUUCGUUUUUUGUUUUCUGUAAAUUGAAACUAAUACAUACAUAUAUAUAUAAAAUAUGGUGCUUUCUGAAAAUAAAUGGAUAAUGUGUUUUAGAUUUGGUCCCAUCUCUAAGUUGUCUCAUAUUGUAGAUGGAAAUAUGCAAUCAUUCUGAAAUCCAAAACACUUCCGGUUCCUAGCAUUUAUAAUAAAGGAUUAUUGACUCUAUGUUGCGAUUUUUUUUAAGAAUCUUGCUGCUAGAUUCUUGGGUAGAAGAUAGAUGGAUGUCAUUCCAACUUGUCAACUUAACAGUUGGUAUAUAUGUAUUCCAACCAUUCUGAAGAAUCUCUGGUGUAACAUUGCUUGACAGGGUGCUUACUUUAGAGAUCAAGGAGUCUCUCUCCAAGUCAAGCCACUACUUCUCCACAUUGGGAGGUCACAGUUCCUAUACUAUAGACGUAAUUAGAAUUCCACAGGAAAGAAUCAUAUCUCUUGAAAGAUUCAAGCUGAACCAACCAGCAGGAGGCUUAGGGGUUGACCAUGAAUGAGAUGAUUGGUUAUUAACCAUAGUCUCAGAUGCUUGUGCUUGGGAAUCAAACUGCAAAAUGUAAUGAUUGUUGCUUCUGAUAGGAUUCUGUGGAGAUGACCUCCAGGAAUAUUGGAUAAAGAAGAUGGAUGCUUAAAUAUAUGAUAGUUUAAUCCAUACUAUUACAAGGACACAAGGAAUAAAUUGUUUGCCAGGAAAAUAUUUAAGGAUCAAGUAUUUCAGUAAUUAUGCCAUGAGUGUUAAAUUCUGUGACUUUAUGUUGAUUUGUUUGAAGUGAUUACAUUUCAUUUGCAUUAUUAAUACUUUUGUCAAGGCAGCGAGCUGGCAGAAAUGUUAGCAUGCCGGGCGAAAUGCUUAGUGGUAUUUCGUCUGCUGUUACGUUCUGAGUUCAAAUUCUGCUGAGGUCGACUUUGCCUUUCAUCCUUUCGGGGUCAAUAAAUUAAGUACCAGUUACACACUGGGGUCGAUGUAAUCGACUUAAUCCCUUUGUUUGUCCCCUCUAUGUUUAGCCCCUUGUGGGUAGUAAAGAAAUAAGAAACGUUAGUGCACCGGGCGAGAUGCUUAGCGGUAUUUUGUGCCUUCAUACUCUGAGUUCAAAUUCCACCAAGGUCGACUUUGCCUUUCAAGCUUUUGGGGUUGAUAAAUUAAGUACCAUUUGCAUACUGGGGUCGAUCUAAUCGACUGGCCCUCUCCCCCCAAAUUUUGCGACUUGUGCCUAGAGUAGAAAAGAUUAUUAAUUCUUUUGUCAAGGCAGCUAGUUGGCAGAAUCGUUAGCACACCAGGUGAAAUGCUUAAUGGUAUUUCGUCUGCCACUAUGUUCUGAGUUCAAAUUCCGCCAAGGUUGACUUUGCCGUUCAUCCUUUUGGGGUUGAUUAAAUAAGUACUAGUUACACACUGGGGUUGAUGUAAUCAACUCAUCCCCACCUCCCCAAGCUGUGAAAUAAUUAUUAAUGCUUUUGUGAAGUCGGUGAGCUGGUAGAAUCGUUAGUACCCCAGACAAAGUGCUUAGUGGUAUUUCAUCUGUCUUCAUGUUCUGAGUUCAAAUUUCACCGAGGUCAACAUUGCUUUUCAUCCUUCCAAGGGUCAAUAAAGUGAGUACCAGUUGAGCACUGGGGUUGAUGUAAUCAGUUUACCCACUUCCCCAGGCUUUCUGGCCUCGUGCCAAAAUUUGUAACCAUUAUCAAUGUUUUUGUGAAAGGUAUGAAUGUCACAACUUCCUAUGUAUCCCCCCCACACACACUUUUUCUCUCGUCAUAAAAAAAAAUACUUUUAGGGGUACUAAACCUACAUUAAAAAAAAAAUUAUAAAUUAUAUUAGUUAACCCUAAGGGUUUGAUGAAAAUAAAUUUGUUGUGCUUUAACCAAAGAUUUUCCUUGGUAAGAAAGAAAAAGAGGAAAAUUCUCAGAGCUUUCAUUGUAUUGAAAUAUUUUGUUUCUGUUUGAAUUGUUAUAAGACUAAGUCUGAAAAAUGCAUGGUUAAUUCUGCUGUAAAACAUCAUUUAUUAGAUAAACUUAACUUAGGUUAUAAUUCUACUUGUAACAGGUAAAAUUGUAUUAAGUAUAGUUUGCUGAAAAAUAUAUCAAGAAAUGUUAUUAAAUAAAUGACAAGCUUAUGAUUUGUCAGUAAAGGUUUCUUGAUGGAAAAUAUUAAGUGCUGAGUUUUCUAAUUUGAAUUCUAUAAGAGAACCAUUUACAGUUCAAUGCUGGAAUAAAUUUGAAUUUUUCUUUUUCAA